GAGUUGGCGGUACUGAUCUUUCGGACCGAUCGAAUGUGGUCCUUAGACCGGACUUUUAUUAUACUCCACACAGCGACGGCUGAGUACACUUGUUUGCAGUUGGCGUCGUCAUGGUAGCUCCAUCCAUGUUGACUUGGACUGAUUGGCUGACUCCAUUGGUCGUUUCCUGCAUUUUUCUCCCGCGGGCAGCAGGCCUGUGGUUCACCUUCGUUCUCAUCCACGUUCAAACAUACACGUCGCCGUCGCCCGCCGGACUAGCCGCCGGCCGGUGGUCAUCGGUUCACACCGCUGCGCCUGCAUGCGUGCCUUGGGAGGACUGAAAGGAGUCAAAUAAUUAAUUAAUACGACUACUCCGUUGAUGUGAUUUUCAGACAACCUCGCGCAGACGCAUUCUCCUACAGCUAAAGGUGCCUCGUCACUUCAUCACUUCAGUCUUCAAUCCACGAAUGGCGAUGAUGCACAUGUUCUUCCUCCUGAUCCUCUUCCUCUCCGCUGGCGUCAUCCUUCCACUUCCGCCCGUCGUCGCCGCUGCCGACGCCGACGGCGAGCAGUUCGUCUACACCGGCUUCACCGGCUCGAACCUCGUCCUCGACGGCGCGGCCACCAUCACGGCGACCGGCCUGGUGGAGCUGACAAACGCCACCACCCACCAGAAGGGCCACGCGUUCCACCCGGCCCCCCUGCGGCUCCGCGGGUCACCGGACGGCACCGGCACGGUGCGGUCCUUCUCGGUCGCCUUCGUCUGCGGCAUCGUCUCCAGCUACACCGACUUCAGCACCCACGGCCUGGCGCUCGUCAUCGCGCCCGGCGUCAGGAGCCUGUCGGCCGGGCUCACGGACCAGUACUUCGGCGUCACCAACGCCCAGAACGACGGCAGCGCGGCCAACCACCUGUUCGCCGUCGAGCUGGACACCGUGCAGAACAUCGAGUUCCGUGACAUCAACAACAACCACGUCGGUGUCGACAUCAACGGCCUUACCUCCGUGGUGUCCCACGAGGCUGGCUACUACGACGACCGUAACGGCGGCGGCUUCCAGAAUGUAAGCCUCAUCAGCCGUGCCGCGAUGCAAUUCUGGGUGGACUACGACAGGGUGACCACCCAGAUCGAUGUCACCAUGGCUCCACUUUGGAUGGCGAGACCCAGCAAGCCGUUGCUCAGCACCACCCAAAACCUGUCCACGGUGCUAGCAGUGGAGCCGUCGUACAUCGGCUUCUCGUCGUCGACGGGACCGGUGAACACCCGGCACUACGUUCUUGGUUGGAGCUUGGGCAUAGACGGACCUGCCCCGGCGAUUGACGCCGCCAAGCUGCCAAAGCUGCCGCAGCUGGGGCCCAAGCCUCGCUCAAGAGUCCUGGAGAUAACCCUGCCAAUAGCAAGCGCCGUUGUCGUCCUCGCCGUCGGCAUCGCCUUGGUUCUGCUUGUGAGAAGGCGGUUGAGGUACACGGAAGUGCGGGAAGAUUGGGAGAUGGAGUUCGGGCCGCACCGGUUCGCGUACAAAGAUCUUUUCCAAGCCACCAAAGGGUUUAAGGACAAGCACCUGCUUGGUGCAGGAGGCUUCGGCAUGGUGUACAAGGGGGUGCUUCCGGCAUCCGGAGUAGAGAUCGCCGUGAAGAAGGUCUCCCAUGGAUCCAAGCAAGGGGUGAAGGAGUUCGUCGCGGAGAUUGUAAGUAUUGGCCGCAUCAAACACCGUAACCUCGUGCAGUUACUUGGCUAUUGUCGGCGAAAAGAUGAGCUCAUUUUGGUGUACGAUUACAUGCCAAACGGUAGCCUGGACAAGUAUCUAUACGGCCAUGGAGAUGGAGAUGGCAUGACCUUGGAUUGGGCUCAAAGGUUGCAUGUCAUCAAAGGGGUCGCUUGUGGCUUACACUACCUGCACGAGAGGUGGGAGAAAGUCGUCAUCCACCGAGACGUCAAGACAAGCAAUGUGCUCCUAGACAAGGAAAUGAAUGGACGGCUAGGUGAUUUUGGGCUUGCAAAGUUAUAUGAGCAUGGCACCAACCCACAAACAACACGUGUGGUUGGAACCACGGGGUAUCUAGCACCGGAGUUAGUGCGAACAGGGAAAGCCACCCCUUUAACCGAUGCUUUCGCCUUCGGAACUUUCAUGCUUGAGGUAGCUUGCGGACGACGACCGAUCAAGCAAGACAAGCAAGGCAACCAAAUCUUGUUGGCGGACUGGGUACUUGACCACUUGCAUAGAGAGUCACUCAUCGAGGCAGCAGAUCCAAGGUUGCAACACGAGUACAACUCUGAUGAGGUGUGCCUAAUUCUCAAGAUUGGACUGUUGUGCUCACACCCAUCUCCCUCUGCAAGGCCCAUGAUGCAACAAGUAUUGCAGUAUCUUGAUGGCGAAUUGCCACUCCCGGAGAUGACACGCACAACUUUGAGCUUCAACUUGUUAGCUCUCAAGGAAAGAAAGGAGUUGCAAUCCAUGUCGAGCCCAUUCUCAUCGACGGCGAUGACCGUCGGCACCAUAUCUGACCUCUCUGGCGGAAGAUGAUACUCACGAUGUUUGAUAUUAAUAUAUUGUAUCAUGUAUUUUCUAGAAUUCUUAACACCUUAUUUAAAUAGUAUUAUGAUGCUUAAAUAUUAGGUGACCUUGUUAACGUA